UCUUUUGAACCAAAGAUCCCAACGGCAUCGACUUCUAUACUUCCCUUGUUCCGGCUCUCUCUUCCUCACCCCCGCGUCUCCCGCGAAUUUGGAUCCAUGUCCGGGCCUCUUCGCGUGGCUUCAAAUAUGGCCGCAAAUCUCCUCCUUCUUUUCCGGAGGCGCCACUGGUGCUCCCCUGACCGACCCCCACCCCCUUCAAAAAAAAGCGAUCUUUCUUCACUUUUCCUUCUUUUGGUCCGCCCCCUCGCGCACAAAGACCUCUCCUUUGAGCGGCGGCCGGCCUCCCUUCCCAGCUUCGGGAAUCCGAUCGGCCCGAAAGGCCUUUCGACUCUUUUGGGGAACUUUUCCUGUCUGGGUUUGAUCCCUCUCGGGGUUGUGUUAAAAAUUUUGCAGCUUAGAGAGUUUUCUGUUUUCAGGCUAUUACUUUCUUUUUUUUUUGGCUUUUGAAAUCUGGGUGGAUCUUUUUGGGAUCUGGUUCCUAAGAAUUCUCGCACCGGAUGCUGAAAGUUUGCAUCUUUUGAGGAUUUCGGAGACUUGGGCGGCUUCACUUGAUCCCUGUUUUUGUGGGGGGCAAAAUUGAUCUUUUUGAGUGAAAUCAAAAAUUAUAUCUAUUUGAUUCUCCUGUAGCUGUCAAGUUUUUUUAGUUCGUUCGAUGAAAUUUUGGACCUUGGUUUGGGAUUUCUACCUAUUUGGUGACCACUUGCAGGUUUGGUGGUUGUGUUUGAUAUCUGGUAGGAAUUUCUAAAUCUGGUUAUCGGAGCAGUGUUACGAGAGAUGAGCUGCUUCCCUUGUUUUUCAUUUGGCGAUAAGAAGACGAAGCAGGGCUCAAGGAAGGAGGUGGAUUCGGCAGCGUCGAGUUCUGUUAAGGGCAGCGACUUGACUAAACAGCCUGAACUUCCCGCCCAGCAGGCUCCAACUGAAACAAGUCAGAAAGAUGUUGAAAAUGGAAAUUGUGCAGCACGAAUAUUCACAUUCCGUGAGCUUGCUACAGCUACCAAGAAUUUCAGACCUGAAUGUCUUUUAGGUGAAGGAGGGUUUGGCAGAGUUUACAAGGGUUGUCUUGAAGGUGGUGAGAUUGUGGCUGUUAAACAAUUAGACAGGAAUGGCUUGCAAGGCAACAAAGAAUUUACCGUUGAAGUUAUAAUGCUCAGUCUCCUUCAUCAUCAAAGUCUGGUCAAACUUAUUGGAUAUUGUGCAGAUGGUGAUCAAAGACUUUUGGUUUACGAGUAUAUGCCUUUGGGUUCUUUAGCUGACCAUUUACUUGAUUUACCACCCGAUCAGAAACCUUUAAGCUGGUAUGCUAGAAUGAAAAUAGCCUAUGGUACUGCUCAAGGCCUGGAGUAUUUGCAUGAUAAAGCCAACCCACCUGUAAUCUACCGUGAUCUCAAGCCAUCUAAUAUUCUACUUGAUCAAAAUCUUACUCCAAAACUCUCUGACUUUGGGCUUGCAAGGCUUGGUCCUGCUGGGGACAAAGUAUGUUUCUCCUCGAUGGUAAUGGGCACUUAUGGUUACUGUGCACCUGAAUAUGCAAGAACAGGCCAUCUCACUUUGAAGUCAGAUGUAUACAGUUUUGGAGUUGUUCUGCUUGAGCUAAUCUCAGGGAGAAGAGUCAUAGACACUACCAAGCCAACGCAAGAACAGAAUCUUGUCGCUUGGGCCAUGCCCAUGUUCAGGGAGCAGAAGAGGUUUCCAGAGCUCGUCGAUCCACUUCUUGAAAAUGACUACCCACUGAAAGAUCUACACCAAGCAGUUGCUGUUGCUGCAAUGUGUCUUCAGGAAGAGGCUUCUGUUCGUCCAUUAAUUGCUGAUGUGGUUGUGACCUUGAGCUUCCUUGCAACUACCCCAGCCGCUCCUGUAAUGAGCCCCCCUCCAGUUCUACGGUCCCCCACAAUAGAAGAGGGUUCAGAAGAUGAUGAGUCAUCAUCAGAUGAGGAGAGUCUGUGGAAUCGUGAGCAUGCAGCUGCAAAGCUUAUCAAAUGGUGCUUUUCAACUUUGAGGCACCAGCGGGGAUCCCAACAUGGAAGUAAGUCAUCAUAAAAUGCCUUGACCAAGCUUGUUCCUGAACUGCAUUCAUAACUCAUGUCCACCUGAAGGUUUCUCUUGCUUUGUGUGGCGAUUAUGGUUGGGUUGAGUUAGCAGCAUAUCGAGUGAGAUUUCAGGCCAUGUAUCGGAAUAGCAGGACUUCUUUGUGCAUCCUGCUUCUGUGCUGUGCCACAAAUGUGUAUCUUUUGCGAACCAUAAGAACAAAUGACAAUUAUGUGCAUUGUGAUCUUGAACUACGAGCUGUGUUAUAUUGAUUCAAGCUUGCUAAUUC